AUGGGCUUUAAAGACUCUCCUCACGACGAUGCUGCCGCUUCCCCUGACCGCACGUUGAUGCGGAGCGCUCCGCCGUGUUCGGGGGAGGAUUCCGCGGGGGCAGACUCCGCGGGAGCGGACUCCGCGGGAGCAGACUCCGCGGGAGCGGGCUGCGCGGAAGCAGACUGCGCGGAUUUCGACCUCACGCUGCAGCCAUGCGCGCGUGAAAUAAUCUCCCAGCUGAGGAGAAGGCGCGGUGGCACUGCCAGUGGGAGCGGCGAGCUCGAGCGCGGGGCAGCGGCAGCGCGCGGGUGGAGGGGGAGCGGGUUCUUCUCGCGGCUGCCCGACAACCUGUGCGGCAAGAUCGCGUCGUUCAUCGUGCACGCUAAGAGCCUCGUCGCCUUCCGCUCCACCUGCUCCUACCUCCGGCGCGUGGUGCGGGUGGGCGGGGCGCUGGUGUUUCUGGCGGACGACUUCCCCCACAGGGAGGCGGCGGAGAGGGGCAUCGCGCAGGCGCUGCUGCAGGCCACAGCCGCCGUCACCUCGCUCUACGUCGAAGCCCCCCCCGCCUUCGACCCCUUCCAGGAGCUGGCGGUGAUGACGUGGUGCCUGGCGUGUCGCAACUCUCUCGAGGAGCUCACACUUGUCGAUGGCACAGCAGAUGCCUCCACACUCCGCGCCCAGGCGCUCGCUGCUGCCAUGGCUGCUGCUGCUGCCGCCCCUGCUGCUCUCCCUGCAGCAGCAAAUCCCGAAGCAGCUAGAAACGGCAGUACUGCUAGCACCAGUGCCACCACCACUCCUGCUGCUGCUGGGUCGAGACAAAGGGAGAGUGAAAGACAGAGCCAGGGUUUUGAAAACGGCGGAGACAUUGGUCGAGACAGCAGCGACAGCGAAGGCAAUGGCGGCGGCGGUGGCAGGAACGGUGCUGCUGCUGUCACUGCCGCCACACUCCCACCGCCCUACCACGUCAACGUUUACCGUGCAAACGAGCGGGCCGAAGAGGAAGAAGAAGAGGUGGAGGAGCAGCCACAGGAGUGGAAAUUAGAGCACGCAUCGCGCUGCCGCAACCUGCGCCAGCUCUACCUCGAGAACGCCGUUUUCGACUGCGUCUCCACGCUCCACCGCUGCUCCCCCUUCGCCUCCCUCAUCCACUUGACCCUCGCCAAAGCGGUGGUGGCGGGGGACAUGGUGGGGGAUCUGCUGGCGUGCUGCCCGCGGUUGCAGGAGCUCACGCUGCUGCUGUGCUCGGGGAUCGGCCCUCUUGAUCUCAUGCACGCGCCGUGUGCUGCACUCAAGAGGUUUGAAGUCAGAUUGAGUAACCGUGCAGCGAGGAAGGACGCCUGCCUGGAGCUUCUCCGGCUGAACGCCCCUAAUCUUGAGGACCUAGAGCUGGAGGUGGACUGGGCGCCGGAGGGGCGGUUGGAGCAUGAGCUGUGGGGCGACAUUCGAAUCGAGUCGGGGCGGCUGAGGCGCAUGUCGCUGGAGCUCGCUGCUGGCUUCCAAUUUCAUGCAAACCCUGAUGCGUUCAGCCGACUCACCGAACUCAAGUUGACAGGUGACGACUGGAGUUGGGGAACAGUGAGGGCAAUUCUCGACCUUUGUGCUCUGUCUCUCGAGGAGCUCUCCCUGACGUGCUACAUCGACCCGCUCACAGCGGCCUCCAUCGACACGGCCACGGCAUUCUUCUCCUCGCUGCCCUCGCUGCGCUUCCUGCUGCUCUGCCCCUCCGUCUACUACGUCAUGAUCGCCACACUGGGCGACACUAAAGUUAUUCGGGCGCCCAGCCUAGAAGAAUUCCAUGUGGAGUAUCACGACCACGCCAUGGCAGUCAUCGCCUUCCUCGCUGCUCUCCUGCGAGGCAGCCCGCGCCUGCGGUGCAUCCAGCCCAUGGUCACCGUGCCUCAAGAACCGGGCACCGACUUGUUGGGAGACAAGGACUUUCGGCAGGCCAUCGCCCGCCUCCAGGCCGAGUUCCCCCGCGUGUCGUUCCCGUCUGUCUGGCAACUGACUUGA